GCAUUCAAAGCCAUUCUGACCCGCAUGCAGCCCAUAGGCCAUGGGUUGGACAAGCUUGUCUUAAUUAAUGAACUGGAGGUCACUGGACAGUGAUCAUGUACUAUCUUCUCUUUCCAAAAAUGUUUUCUCUGAAUCAGUGAAUAUUUUGUAAUACUUCUAUUUCCUGUUUAAAUCCUAAUGAUAUUUUCUUGAGUAAAAACUUUGUUGAAAACAGUACUCUGAUAAUGAGAUAAUGAGGCAUGAGACAAUGAGGCAAGGCAAAAGAGUGUGAGUAGAAUUACUGUGCAAAGAAUUGUUAAUAGUUGGGGAAGGAGACUACCCCCUGGAGCUGAGCCACUGUUUGAGCUUCCUCCAUAGCCGUAACCUCACAGUAGGGAGGGCCCACCCAUAUAAACUGUGGCAAUCUUAUGACAUUUCUCCAAUUUGCAGUCAUAUAUAGAAUAAUUGACAUAGCUUCAUCUCAUAUAUAUCUUUUCUAGGCCACACAAAGUACCAUCUUUUACUUGCCCAAUAUCAACUGUAUCCCUUCCAAAGUAAUAGUUCCCCAACAUCUGGGACCAUUAACUGAUUUUUAAAUCAUAGCAUGAUGUUGUUUUACAUUGGAAAUUGUUUAUAUAUUUUCACAGUGGACUCUCACACGAAUUAUUUGAAGAAGGGCAUCUUUUGUAUAUUAAACCUUCCAUGCCACAGGAACUGAAAUGAUCUCCUUGUAUAUUAAUUUUUUAUAACAGCUCAGAGAGGCACUCACUCCUUGCUGUCUGGCCAAAAAUAUAUCUACAUUUUUUAUUGUGACUGUUGCAUAUUUUGUGAUAGGAGUAGACACUGUAGACCACAAAGUGUCCUAUCUGAUACAUAAGGAUCCUCAGGGCACCACCUUGCACUUUCAUAGCACCGUUCAAGAAGGUCACACACACUGAUGUGUGCUCUACACAGCUUUCCCAGAGAAGUAAAUUUACAUUUCACACCACAAGGCCCAAAAAUCACAAUCUGCCCAAGAUUUUAAUUUACAAUUAGAGUCAUGGCAAGGAUCCUUUCUGCAUUGAAGUUCUGACUCAUAGUUACACCCUUCUUCACCUUCCAGUAUCUUGGUACCACAUUGUUCCAGUGGGUUAACAUUUCAAGAAGACAGUGUGUUUAUCAGACUCCUCUGUGGUUCAUGAGGUUAACCACAAUGCCGAAAAUGCUGGUAUUUGUAUUAUAGGCAUUGAUGAUGCAAUGCUUUUUCCUGCAUAAGCAGAAUUCCUCAGUGUGAGACAUACCAAAAUUAUGGCCCAGUGGGUGAGCAGUGGCUACUGCAAAAUGAAAGAAAUCUCUCUUUAUACAAACUACUGACCCAAAAUGAGGGGAGCAUAUUCCUGAAUCCAAGCCAAUCCAAAGAUUAAAAAUUAUUGCCCACAGAGAGUCCAAGAAUCACAUGGCAAAUGAGGAUAAAGGUGAACACUGCUGUAUUCACUGAAACUGUCAAGAAGUUGAUUUGUGUCUUGUUCAACAUUGAUAAGAUUCUCAUUUCCAAAUCUCGGUCUCAAAGAAACCUGAAGGCCUAACUGUAUUGAAGUAGAAUCUACUAAAUUGAUCACAUUUAUCUUCUGUUGACUUUGAGUAGUUGAAACUGUAGUUACCCACCACUACAACUCCACAAAGGGCCAGCAGUGAGUCCACCAGCCAACAGAAUGUUGUGGUGGUUUUGAAUUCUCUAUCUCAAACCGCAGCUUCUGAUACGCUACACAGUUGUCCCUUGGUGUACCACAGAGAUUGGUUCCUGAACUCCAACGUAUACCUAAAUCCAUGCAUACUUCAGUCCUGUAGUUAGCCCUGCAGAACCUGUGUAUAUGAAAAGUCGGUUUUCCAUAUAUGUGGGUUUCACAUUCUGUGAAUACUGUAUUUUCUGCAUCUGCGUUUGCGGAGGGCCGACUGUAUUUAUUGAAAAAAUCGCGCAUGAGUGGGCCUGCACAUUUCAGACUCACGUUGUUCAAAGCUCAGCUGUAUUUCCUCUUUUGUUAAGCCACAUUUCAAGGCGACAAUUGAAUCCUAUCUUAUCUGGUGUUCGUAUGUGGUAAAAUGCCUUAUGGGCUUGGUUUUGUAAGUUUGCUUGGUUAUCUGUAUCUGUACAUCCCUCCAAAGUUUUCCAAAGGGGUACUGAGGACUCCCAGAGACUCGGGGCUGGGGGCUCCAUAUAACCAUGAUAGCAGCAGUCAUCUUGGACAAAGGGCUGAUCCUCGUGGGGAGCGCACUGCUCCAUGCAGGUGAACACUAGGAGGUGCCUGGAAAGGAAGGGCCUCUUAGGCCCUAAACGAAUGACGUAGUAUGGCGCCGCAGGUGCAGGCCGUUAAGACAGCCCUCAGACUUGUUGAAGGCCCCACUUCGCAGGGGGAAAUUCUGGGGAAUUACCACUUGGGCAGGGCAGAGCGCCAGUAGGGCCUGGUUUGUGAGCCGCUGGCAGGGGCCAGGAGGAUCACCCGAACAGCAGGAGAGCGUCCUGCUGCAGGCUUCCGGCUGCACCUGUUUCAGGCAGCUGCCUUCUGGAAAGACUUGGUUGGUGACCGCUAGGAAAGUGGGGUUGGAGAUGAGUCGGAAAAUGCUCUUCGGAGGAGGGAGCCCUGCCUCCUGGGUUUGUUGGCCGCCACCCUAUCCAGGGAGAGGUUUCUCGUCCUUAGUCUGUUAAAAGGAACUGUCGCAGGUAAGGCUGGGAUUCUAGGGAUAGGAAGCUGGCAGGAGAGAGGUUUAACGGAAAAAGUAGAUGGUGAAAACAAGAGGGGAUUGAACCAGAAACUAAGUGGUUUGGAAGGGAGACGUAAGAGGGUGCAGAGGGAUGAGUAGAGACAGCAGAAAAAGUUGCACUGGGGUGAUGGAAAUUAAAGUAAAUUCAGAAGAGAAAAACUUAGGGAAUCUUGGCCACACUGUAAGAGGCUAUGGAAAAUUAGAGCAAAGGCACCCCUUAAUGUCUGUCGUGAAAAAAAGAAGCACUGCAACUCUGAUGGUCCAGCUCCACCAGGACACAGAUCCCCAGAUCCCUAAAGGUCAGCCAUGCACCCUGAACAGCUCAGAGGGAGGAGCCAGACCACCAGUGCCUCACACCUUGUCCUCUUCUGCUCUAGACAGAUGGCUCCAUAAUGACAGCUUCAUAAUGGCAGUGGGUGAGCCCCUGGUGUACAUCAGAGUCGCUCUUCUGCUGCUCUGGUUUGGGAUGUUUUUGUCUGUUUUUGGCCACUCUCAGGCCAGGCCCUCCCAGCGUUUCACUUCUCCAGAAGUGGUGAUCCCUUUGAAGGUGAUCAGCAGGGGCAGAGGUGCAAAGGCUCCUGGAUGGCUCUCCUAUAGCCUGCGGUUGGGGGGACAGAGAUACAUCGUCCACAUGAGGGUAAAGAAGCUGUUGUUUGCUGCACACCUCCCUGUGUUCACCUACACGGAGCAGCAUGCCCUGCUCCAGGAUCAGCCCUUCAUCCAGGAUGACUGCUACUACCAUGGUUAUGUGGAGGAGGUCCCUGAGUCCUUGGUUGCCCUUAGUACCUGUUCUGGGGGCUUUCUUGGAAUGCUACAGAUAAAUGACCUUGUUUAUGAAAUCAAGCCAAUUAGUAUUUCUGCCACAUUUGAACACCUAGUACAUAAGAUAGACAGUGAUGAUACACAGUUUCCACCUAUGAGAUGUGGGUUAACAGAAGAGAAAAUAGCACGCCAGUUGGAGUUGCAAUUGUCAUAUAAUUUCACUCUGAAGCAAAGUUCUUUUGUGGGCUGGUGGACCCAUCGGCGGUUUGUUGAGCUGGUGGUGGUCGUGGAUAAUGUUAGAUAUCAUUUCUCUCAAAGUAAUGCAUCAACAGUGCAGCAUGAAGUAUUUAACGUUGUCAAUAUAGUGGAUUCCUUCUAUCAUCCUUUGGAGGUUGAUAUAAUUUUGACUGGAAUUGAUAUAUGGACUGCAUCAAAUCCACUUCCUACCAAUGGAGACAUAGAUAAUGUUUUAGUGGAAUUUUCUGUUUGGAAGAAUUAUAACCUUAAUAAUCGAUUACAACAUGAUGUUGCACAUCUUUUCAUAAAAGACACACAAGGCACGACGCUUGGUGUUGCCUAUGUUAAAGGAAUAUGCCUGAAUCCUUUUAAUAGUGGAGUUGAUGUUUUUGAAGAUGAGAAGUUGGUCAUUUUUGCAGUUACCUUGGGCCAUGAGCUUGGUCACAAUUUGGGUAUGCAACAUGACACCCAGUGGUGUAUGUGUGAGCUACGGUGGUGCAUAAUGCAUGCCUAUAGAAAGUUAACAACUAAAUUUAGCAACUGCAGUUAUGCCCAAUAUUGGGACAAUACUAUCAGUAGUGGAUUAUGUAUUCAACCUCCUCCAUAUCCAGGGAAUAUAUUUAGACUGAAGUACUGUGGGAAUCUAGUUGUUGAAGAAGGAGAGGAAUGUGACUGUGGAACCAUACAGCAGUGUGUAAAAGAUCCCUGUUGUCUGUUAAACUGUACUCUACGUCCUGGGGCUGCUUGUGCUUUUGGAAUGUGUUGCAAAGACUGCAAAUUUCUGCCAUCGGGAACUUUAUGUAGACAAAAAGUUGGUGAAUGUGACCUUCCAGAGUGGUGCAAUGGGACAUCCCAUCAAUGCCCAGAUGAUGUGUAUGUGCAGGAUGGGAUCUCCUGUAAUGUGAAUGCCUUCUGCUAUGAAAAGACAUGUAAUAACCAUGAUACACAGUGUAAAGAGAUUUUUGGCCAAGAUGCAAGGAGUGCAUCUCAGAGUUGCUACCAAGAAAUCAACACCCAAGGAAACCGUUUUGGUCACUGUGGUAUUGUAGGUACAACAUAUGUAAAAUGUUGGUCCCCUGAUAUCCUGUGUGGGAGGGUUCAGUGUGAAAAUGUAGGAGUAAUUCCCAAUUUGCUAGAGCAUUCCACAGUACAGCAGUUUCACCUCAAUGACACCACUUGCUGGGGCACUGAUUAUCACUUAGGGAUGGCUAUACCUGAUAUUGGUGAGGUAAAAGAUGGCACAGUAUGUGGUCCAGAAAAGAUCUGCAUCCGUAAGAAGUGUGCCAGUAUGGUUCGUCUGUCACAAGUCUGUCAGCCUAAGACCUGCAACAUGAGGGGAGUCUGCAACAACAAACAACACUGUCACUGCAACCGUGAAUGGGCACCCCCCUACUGCAAGGACAAAGGCUAUGGAGGUAGUGCUGAUAGUGGCCCACCUCCUAAGAACAACAUGGAAGGAUUAAAUGUGAUGGGAAAGUUGGGUUACCUGUCACUAUUGUGCCUUCUUCUUUUGGUUGCUUUUUUAUUUUGCUUACGUGUGCUUUUAAAGAAACGCACAAAAAGUAAAGAAGAUAAAGAAGGAUAAGAGAAAUGGGAAAAAGAAGGAGACUAAGCUUCAUACUUCAUUUUUAAUAUCUAAUUUUUCUUAAUAGAAAAAUAUGAAUGCAUGUCUCACUGUUUAAAUAAAACAUCAUGGAUAUUUCAUGUCAGGAUCACAAGCAUUAUCUAUCACAGCAAAGGAUUCCUAGCAUAUUCUUACUCUACAGUGUCUUAAGCAAUAUUAAAGAUUCCUUUUCCCAGAA